ACAAGGAAAAUUAGAUAUUUCGAGUUCACGUCAUUUUAGAGUUCGAGUUCGAGUUCUCGUUUUUUAAGUGCAUGGGAUUUCGGUCAUUUCCGUGUCCAUGAAUCGAGCGAAUAUACGAAUGUAUAUAGAUAAACAGAUAAUUAUCAGGAACGUAUGCUAAUUUUGACCUGUUUUGACAAUUCGCCAUCACCCCUGAUUAACCUCCAUGAUCAAAACAAUGGCGGGUUCUGCGUUAAGACGAUUAGUGGCAGAGUACAAACAGCUAACCUUAAAUCCACCCGAAGGGAUUAUCGCUGGUCCGAUAAACGAGGAAAAUUUCUUUGAAUGGGAAGCUUUAAUCACUGGACCGGAAGGAACAUGCUUUGAGGGUGGUGUAUUUCCAGCAAAGUUAAUAUUUCCACCAGACUACCCACUGAGUCCACCAAAGAUGCAAUUCACCUGUGAGAUGUUUCAUCCGAAUAUCUAUGCGGAUGGACGAGUAUGUAUAAGUAUAUUACAUGCACCUGGAGACGAUCCUAUGGGUUACGAAAGUAGCGCGGAAAGAUGGAGUCCGGUUCAAAGCGUAGAAAAAAUAUUGCUAAGCGUGGUAAGUAUGUUAGCAGAACCAAAUGAUGAAAGCGGAGCGAAUGUUGAUGCCGCUAAAAUGUGGAGAGAGGACCGUGCCGAGUUUGAAAAAAUUGCUGAAAAACUAGUUAGGAAAACUCUUGGUAUCCCACCUUAGAUUUAGAUGUUAAAUAUUUAAUUGGAAAGAGAAUUGUAAUUAAAAUAUCAUAUAAUUCGGUGUAAAAUAUGUAUUAUGUUUAAAACAAUAAAAUUGUAUUAAUGUAA